AUGGCAGAUCGGGGUCGUGGUGCAGCACGCGGCGGGCGAGGAGGCCCCAUAAAGCGUACAAUGGGUGGCCCAUCAUCGGCCGUGGCACAGGCAGCAGACAAGCCCCGUCGAGAGGCCAUCCUCGAUCUCUCAAAGUAUGUCGAUGAGCGCAUCAGAGUAAAGUUCACUGGCGGUCGGGAGGUAACCGGUGUGCUUAAAGGUUAUGAUCAGCUCCUCAACCUGGUACUUGACGAUGUUACAGAAGAGAUGCAGCUCCCAGAGCCACAUACUCGCACACUAGGCCUGACGGUUCUUCGUGGCCCAACAAUAACAGUCCUCAAUCCUGUCGAUGGGUCGGAGGAAAUCGCGAACCCCUUCUUGGCCGCAGAACAAUGA